AAAUUCACGGCGCUUGGAUAUACAAGCUCCCAGCUGAGCAGUUUGCACAAUGCAAACUUAGGCACACACGCUCACGUGAGUCAGCGCCGAGGCAGAAUAGCCACUCCUUUGGGCACGCACACACCCUGCUGAGCCACCGAGGCGCACACUCCUGUGCACCCACUCUCCCCCGAGACCCGCACGCCGUGUGCGAGGCCCCGGGCCACCCCAGCCCAACGGCCUCGCGGCUGGCCCGUCAUUCCCGGGCGCCCGUUGCGUCACCGGAGCGCGACACUGCAGCGAGCCCCGGCGGAGACUUGAAGGGCCGGCAGCUGCAGCCCGUGAAGCCGGCGGAGCUGCGAGCGCCUGCGGCCAGGGCGGCGGCGGGCUGCGGGGGGCUGCAGGGGCCGGGAGCGCCGGGACAGCACAUGGUUUAGGAGUCACACUUUAUGUCAUGGAUGAAUCCGCACUGACCCUUGGCACGAUAGAUGUUUCUUAUCUGCCAAAUUCAGCAGAAUGCAGUGUUGGCCAAUGUAAACAUGCAAGUGAGGAGUGGGAUGAGUGUGGUUUCAGACCUACAGUCUUCAGGUCUGCAACCUUAAAAUGGAAAGAAAGCCUACUGAGCCGGAAGAGGCCAUUCGUGGGAAGGUGUUGUUACUCCUGUACCCCCCAGAGCUGGGAUAAGUUUUUCAACCCCAGCAUCCCGUCUCUGGGUUUGCGGAAUGUUAUUUAUAUCAACGAAACGCACACAAGGCACCGAGGAUGGCUUGCGAGGCGUCUUUCUUACGUGCUUUUUGUUCAAGAGCGAGAUGUCCAUAAAGGCAUGUUUGCGACCAAUGUGACAGAAAAUGUGCUGAACAGCAGUCGGGUGCAAGAUGCCAUUGCCCAGGUGGCUGCUGAAUUAAACCCUGACGGUUCGGCUCAGCAGCAGUCCAAAGCCAUCAAUAAAGUGAGAAAGAAAGCCAGAAGGAUCCUGCAAGAAAUGGUUGCCACUGUCUCACCAGCAAUGAUCAGGCUGACUGGAUGGGUGCUGCUAAAACUGUUCAACAGCUUCUUCUGGAACAUUCAGAUUCACAAGGGUCAACUCGAGAUGGUUAAAGCUGCAACUGAGACGAACCUGCCCCUUCUAUUUCUUCCGGUCCAUCGGUCCCACAUUGACUACCUGCUGCUCACGUUCGUUCUCUUCUGCCACAACAUCAAAGCUCCGUACAUCGCCUCCGGCAACAAUCUCAACAUCCCCAUCUUCAGUACCUUGAUCCAUAAGCUCGGGGGCUUCUUCAUCAGACGGCGGAUGGAUGAGACGCCGGACGGACGGAAGGACGUUCUGUACAGAGCUCUGCUGCACGGGCACGUAGUUGAGCUGCUGCGACAGCAACAGUUCUUGGAGAUUUUUCUGGAAGGCACACGCUCUAGGAGUGGAAAGACCUCCUGCGCGCGGGCAGGGCUUUUGUCCGUGGUGGUAGACACUGUGCGCACCAACACCAUCCCCGACAUCCUGGUGAUACCUGUGGGGAUCUCCUACGAUCGCAUUAUCGAAGGGCACUACAAUGGCGAACAGCUGGGGAAACCGAAGAAGAACGAGAGCCUGUGGAGCAUCGCGAGAGGCGUGAUCAGAAUGCUGCGGAAAAACUACGGGUGCGUCCGCGUGGAUUUUGCGCAGCCGUUUUCCUUGAAGGAAUAUUUAGAAAGCCAGAGUCAGAAACCUGCGUCCGCCCCACUCUCUCUGGAACAGGCGUUGCUACCAGCCAUACUUCCUUCAAGACCCAGCGAUGCUGCUGACGAAGGUGCAGACACGUCCACCAACGAGUCCGGAAACGCCGAUGAGGAGUCGCUCCGGAGGCGGCUGAUCGCCAACCUGGCCGAGCACAUUCUUUUCACGGCGAGCAAGUCCUGUGCCAUCAUGUCCACGCACAUCGUGGCCUGCCUGCUGCUGUACAGACACAGGCAGGGAGUCGAUCUCUCCACGUUGGUGGAGGACUUCUUCGUGAUGAAGGAGGAAGUCUUGGCUCGUGAUUUCGACCUGGGGUUCUCGGGAAAUUCAGAAGACGUGGUCAUACAUGCCAUCCAGCUGCUGGGCAAUUGCGUCACCAUCACCCACACCAGCCGGAACGAUGAGUUUUUCAUUACUCCCAGCACGACCGUCCCAUGCGUCUUUGAGCUGAACUUCUACAGCAACGGGGUGCUGCACGUCUUCCUCCUGGAGGCCAUCGUAGCCUGCAGCCUUUACGCAGUCCAGAACAAGAGGGGCGCGGGCGGGCCUGCUGGCGGGCCUGCUGGCGGGCCUGCUGGCGGGUCCCCCAGCCUGAUCAGCCAGGAGCAGCUGGUGCGGAAGGCGGCCAGCCUGUGCUACCUGCUGUCCAAUGAAGGCACCAUCGCUCUUCCCUGCCAGACAUUUUACCAAAUUUGCCAUGAGGCAGUAGGAAGGUUUAUCCAGUAUGGCAUUCUUACAGUGGCGGAGCAGGACGAUCAGGAGGAUAUUAGCCCCGGUCUUGCUGAGCAGCAGUGGGACAAGAAGCUUCCCGAACGUUUGUCUUGGAGGAGUGACGAAGAAGAUGAAGACAGUGAUUUCGGUGAGGAGCAGCGAGAUUGCUACCUGAAGGUGAGCCAGUCCAAGGAGCACCAGCAGUUCAUCGCCUUCCUGCAGAGGCUCCUGGGCCCCCUGCUGGAGGCCUACAGCUCCGCCGCCGUCUUCAUCCAUAACUUCUGCGGCCCCGUGCCCGAGCCGGAGUACCUGCAGACGGUGCACAGAUACCUCAUCACCAGAGCGGAGAGGAGCAUCGCCGUCUACGCUGAGAGUGCCACAUACUGUCUUGUGAAGAACGCUCUGAAAAUGUUUAAGGAUAUUGGGGUUUUCAAAGAAACCAAACAAAAGCGGGUGUCCAUUUUAGAACUCAGCAGCACUUUCCUACCUCAGUGCAACCGGCAAAGACUCCUAGAAUACCUUCUGAGUUUCGUGGUGCUGUAGGCGAUGCUGGCACCUCUGGCAGGUGAGGGGCGUGGACGCCCCGGCGCGGCGCGGGCUCCGGCCCUGCUGGAAAGCGGGGGGUGCCCUCGUGUGGCCUGGCUGCCCUGUCGCGACGUGACCUCCUGGAAGACAAGUGCCUUCUCCCCCCAGGGAUCCAGGGGCUCCCCGGCCCGAGGCGGCACGGCAGCCCGCAGGCGACGCUGCGCGGCCCUCUGCCUGCGCGUGCGGUUCCUAAUCAGUAGGUUACAAAGUGAAAUCUCAAAAAUGAUUCUGGAGUUUAUGAAACUCUCACGUUUUAAGUGUAACUGUUAAGGACUAAUUACUGUGAAGGACAAAAAAAUGUAGCUGUAUUCUGAACGGAAUCUAGCGUGGUGUACUUAAUGCUGUCAGGCAAUCCACUGGUAUAUUUUCUCAUUAACCGCUCAUCUUCUUUUACAAGUAAUUAAGUCACCCACUUACUGUUUUUUUUCCCCCCAGUUUUAUCUUUGUCAAUAGAAGGUACCUUUUACACAGGAACACCCUGCACCCCCAAGCGCUUCACGAAAGAACGGGCCGGCACACCUCACACCCAGGCACCAUGCUGCACUGUCCUGCACAGUCAGAUUCAGACAGUGUGUGACGAACUACAUGAAAACACAGUGUUCGAUGAGGUCAGGGACAGAGGUGAUGUGAUCGACAGCUAACACCAGGAAGCACAAUUUGGCUGGCAUGAUUCAAGGUGAACCUGGCCAGAAAACUGACUUUGUACAAUUUUGCUCAUGGGAAAAAAGUGCCACUGAGUUUUCAUUGACCAGCAAGUAUUUAGGAAUGACUUCUGUGUCAUGUCUGUUUCCUCUCCCACCCCUCAGGGGUGCCUGCCUCUCACGGGGGCGGCUGCUCUUUGGAGAUCCUCCAGCCAAGGAGCAGCUGUCUGGACCUUACUAGUUCCGCCCGACGGGCCGUGGGCAGGACUGUGCACGGAGCCCGGUCCAGGCGACUGGUGCCCAUGCGAGGUGUGCGGUGUGCAGUGCGGGCAGCACUGGUGGGGGCCCUGCUGACCGGUGGAUUGCCGGAGGCAUUUAUUGUGGAUCUUAGCUUUGAGGAAAAGUCGUGGCCCUUUAAAAAUUUAGAGGCAUUGUAUGCCCCAACUCCGACACCAUGUAGUGGCGGAUCGUUGUGUCAGCCUGUCUGUCUGUCCCUAGUAGGCGGAGCCUUCCUUUUUGGGAGCGGGGAGCACACGUGUUGGCUAAGUGUGGUAAUUGUGGUGAUUUCUUGAGGAUCAUGUGAUAGUGAAACGUUUUCCAGCAGCUCACUUCCUCCUCUCCGUGGUCUCAUGGAGCGAGGAACUUUUCCUAAUGAAUACUGCAUCUAGUCUUUGCAUUUAAUAUAAAAGUACUGAGAAUGAAGUUUGUACUUUCAUAAGCUUGUAUUGUAAACACUAAUCGUAUUUCAUGAAUACUCUGUGUGUGGGGGAGAGAGCAGGACACUGAUUGAUACUUCACUUUGUCUAAAAUAAUCUCAUAGCAAUAACGGGGCCGUGGUGGCCCCCCACCCCCCUCGGGUCCCCCGCUGGGGGUAUGUUCCUUUCUGACAGGGACGCCUGCACCAUGUAAGCCAUGGUCGUCAUCGUUGCGGCUCUGGCGUGGAGCGGGGCCUCCACCUUGUAGCAUUUCAUUUCCCUCACUGGGGGUCCUGGGUCCGGGGAUGCACAGGGAGGCUUACCCGUCCCCGAGUGCAUUCCUCCUCUAGGCCAGCACACCUUGCACUAGCCUCUUCUCUUCACCCCCUGAAUGAAAGACCCAGGAGUCCUCAGACCAGCCCUCGGCUCUCUGGGAUGUCAGGGUUGGGACUGACUUCCUCGUGGGCACCGCGGCCCUGCUUGCCACUGCUGCUGAAAGCUGCCGCCUCCUGGCCGGGCUGAGCAGGGCGCGGCAGCUUCUCCGGCUGCAUUUCCCCUCGCGGUAGGUCUGUUUUCUGGAAAUCUAACCAGAUGCUUCGAGGAAUGCAACCUGUGAUCCCCUAGCUCUCUCGCCACUCAACUCACUGUGAGACUAAAUAUGCAUGCUUUUUUUGUAAGUAACUGGUGCUUUGAGAACCUUUUUUAAGGAAGAAAAAUCCCAACCAAAGGCACGCCCCCUCCAGACCAGCUGUCCCCCCGAGCGAAUGUCUCCACAACUCAUCCUCAGUGCCUCGUUGCCGAGAACACACGUGGCGUCCCAGUCCGGCUUCCAGGUAGCAGUUUUGCUUCAGAGAUUUAUUUUCACUGUUUUCCAAAAGCGAAUGGCUUCCAUGUAAGAUUCAACAAACAAAUUAGGUGCUUGUAAAUAAUGUACUACAGUUUACUCUCUUGCAUUUCUCUGAAACCGAAAUGCAUGCCUUCUAGGGAAAGACUGUGAGUCAAAUUAAAAACACAAAUAAAAAAAAACCCGAUAGUAAACAGUGGGGAACAGCACUCCUUCCAGAUGAGAGUGUCCCAAGUAAUUCAGAAGAGGGGAAGGAAUUUUUUGCUCUCUUAAAUUUUAUGGGAAACACAGGGGAAGAGCUAGUGUGGAGCCAUCCCGCCGGGAAAGAACCCCACGAGCCAGCCUCCUCCGCUCAGGGGGUCUCCGGGAACCCUGAGGGGGAAGGAGGAGCUGCGUGGGGGAUCGCCCUGAGUGUCAGCCCGGAGGUGGGAUUUGCCGUCCCCUGGGCGGGUGGGGGGAGCAUCUCCCAUAGUUCCCGGUGCAGUUCGAGUGCCCCGUGCGGCGUCUGCAGCGGUCCGGGGGAAGAAAGUGUCACUGGUGACGUCAGCGUGGACGGGGAUCCUCUUCCUGAGACCCCACGCGCGGCAGCGCAGCCAGGCUCAGACCUGCGAGUACCGAGCCCGUGUAACCACCCGGCGUUCCCGCACGUGGCUCCCCAGGGCCUCUUCCCCCCUCUGGGACUUCCGGGAACCGGAACUCUCAUUGGGUUCCCUCCGGAGACACCAGGCCGGGCAGUCACUAAGGUGGCACGAAGGCCGAAUCCGUGUGGAUUCUGCACAAAAGUCACGUUGGACGGCUGUGCGUUUCCUCCCCUCGGGACAGGGAGCACGGAGAACCGCAGGACGGGGGUUCGAGCCUCUCCUUUGACGGGAAGGUCGGCUCUUGGCCAUCCCGGGCUUUUUCACUACAAGUAGCAAAACUAACACAGAGAUUAACUGGGGUAAGUGAUUACGAUUUUUAUUCCAAUUUAGAUACAAAUAUUGCACAAUUGAAUGUACAGUAGAUUUUUAUCCACGGGUGGUUCUAGUGUUCAGCAGCGACAGGACCUAUUCCUGAAGUUUAUAAGACUUAAUUUGGAACGUACAUCUGUUUUUUAAAACACUCUUUUUUGGAACUUGAGACUUGGCAGCUGGCAUUUGAGUUUAAUACAAACUAAUGACUGCAUUUUGACUUUAUUUCUGAAUACGUAAAGCCCAGAAAUGCCUUGAUGGGAGGUGUUGAACUAUUUGCCUGUUGCACAGAGAAACAUUAAAAUUGUGUGAAAAGUUGCUUUUACUGUGAAAUUACAUGGCGUGAUUUUGUGAGCGGCACUCAUUUGGAAACCUUGAUCGAUUUUUAUGAGUGUUCAUGUAUUAUAAGAAGCACAGAAUUGUAGUUUUGUUUUAAUAAACCAAAAAAAAAGUGAAUAU